AUGUCGUCCGCUGUGGAUCUCCCCGCCAUGACCCUUGCCUCUACGCUAUCGAGCAGUAAUCCCAGCUCGCUCGCCCAUUAUGCCACUUUGACUGCGGAGCAGUCUCUAUCUGCCCAAGUCGAUCACGGUAAUGCGAAGCCCAACAUGUGGGGUGCGUUUUGUAGAUUCGUGCUCUUCGUGUUGAGAAUCAUACCCGGAAUUCUAGUCUGGCUGAUCACAUUUACCACCAUAACACUUCCGACAUGGCUGUUCACAUUGUUCUCUACCACUCUGACCUUCACGAUGAAUGCCACUACUCUUCUCCUGAUUGUCCUCGCAAUCGUAUCGACCGUCAGCUGGUUUGUACGCUAUCGGUUCCUCAACAUGUACACCAGACUUCCUCCCGAGCCACAGCGGAAGGAAGCCCAGAUCGAUCUCUUUCCAGAUUCGCAGGAGGGAGACUCGAAGCCAGGGUUGGCCAAUUAUCUGGACGAGUUCUUGGAAGCUUUCAAAGUCUUUGGCUAUCUGGAACGGCCAGUCUUUCAUGAGCUUACUCGAACGAUGCAAACGAGAAAAUUGAUUGCGGGAGAGACGCUAUUGCUGGAAGAAGAGAAGGGGUUCUGUCUUGUUGUUGAUGGUCUGGUGCAGAUUUUUGUCAAGUCUCUGCAGGGAAGGCAUCGCAGCAAAAAUGAAGAGCACAGUGGAGGCUUAUUUGGCGAUGAAGAGGAUCAACACUUGCAAGGCAAUCUACGUUACCAGCUCUUGACGGAAGUGAAAAAUGGUGCAUCUAUGUCCUCCCUCUUUUCGAUUCUGUCUCUAUUCACGGAAGAUGUCAAACUUCGAACAGAAGACCAACAUUCCAGCGGUUCAAGCUUUGGUCAAAAUCAGCGUACUCCAGAUUCGGCGGUCAUGAGCCCUGUGGAAUUUCCUCCGAGCCCUCGAAAAGGAUGGCCAGCGGACGGACGACCUCCGACUAGAGGUGGUGAUACCAAAGAACAGCUUCCUAGCGUGCCUCCUCUAACACUCGACUCUAUGACGCCCACCUCAGAACAAGAAGCGCAUCAAUCGAAACGUUCUUCUAUGCGCGGUAGAGGUGGCAAGACCAAAUCAGCGCAUCCCGAUAUUGUGGCCAGAGCUAUGGUUGAUACCACCAUAGCUAUUAUCCCGGCAAGUGCGUUUCGAAGACUUACUAGGACAUAUCCGAAGGCAACAGCUCAUGUUGUUCAAGUGAUUCUGACACGGCUACAGCGUGUGACAUUGUCCACUGCGCAUGGUUAUCUUGGUCUUACGACAGAGGUUCUACAUAUGGAACAGAUGAUGAAUAAGUAUACCAGCUAUGAUCUUCCCAAUCAUCUUCGAGGCGAUGCUCUUAAUCGUUUAAAGGACAAAUUCAAGAAAGAGAGGGAUCGCAUUGGUCAUGAGGAGAGUAUGAAAGGAAUUGCUUUGCAUAACCCAGUUAGCAAUAGAAGACGUUCAUCUUCUACCAUGAGAAAGGAAGCCCUGUUGUCUUCAAAACUCGCUGCAACAAGGUCCAGUUCUUUGUCUGUGUCAACGUUGAACCAUCAGCUCGAGGGAGAGCGACAUGUCAGUCCAGGGGAUUUGAUAUCCAAUAUGCAAAUCUCAAGACGAGGGCAUCGCUCUGACCAAGUUCACAGUCCGCGAACACCAUAUGCGCCAUCUAUCCACCCACUAACGCCACUUGGCAGCCCGCUUAUCGAACAGGAGCAGCCACUUUUUCGACCCGGCCCUCAAAAUGGAUUAUUGCACCGCCAGCAAUCUGUGGACGAAGAUAGCAUCCUCAGAGAAUCUGUGCUUGGUUGCAUGAUCAAAUCUUUAGGCCUCACAAUGAAUGCUCUGGACGCUUUACCGAAGGGUAACUCAUCUGUGGAGCAGUCGCCACGCCUGAUUUCAUAUGACUCAAGGCGGCAAACAGCCGUCUUCAACAAUGCCUUUGGUUUCAUGGAUGCGUACGAGACCUCUGCGGAUGCGGAGUCAGAAUCGGCAAUAUCCAACUCAGGCACUAGUCUAGCAGGCACCAUGCACGAUCGAAAUCUGAAUGAUGAAUUGAUCGACGAUGUGGAGAUUGUGUUCUUCCCUCAAGGAUCAGUGCUCGUGGAGCAGGGUGAGCGUAAUCCUGGCGUAUACUAUGUCAUCGAUGGAUUUCUUGAUGUGAGCGUACCAGUCGAUGAAAAGGAGGACAGAUCAAGCCAUGACAGAACCGGAUUCCCCAACACAACACGUCAAAGCCAUUCCUCAGAAGACGCGUUUCCUACGCUGCGUAAGACCAUAACUAACUCAUCACGUAACUCUUCUGUACGUGGCAAGUCAAGAGAUGGGCGAAGGCACCAAGGUCGAAAAUCCCUCUUCUUGAUAAAGCCAGGUGGCAUAGCUGGUUACAUCGGUACAAUCUCGUCGUACAGGUCGUUCACAGAUGUUACUGCUAAGACAGAUGUUUAUGUUGGGUUUUUGCCCAGAGCAUCUCUGGAGAGAUUCGCCGAUAGGUACCCUGUUGUGCUAUUGACGAUGGCAAAAAGAUUGACAAGCCUGUUGCCUCGCUUGCUACUCCACAUAGACUUUGCGCUGGAGUGGGUGCAGGUCAAUGCUGGACAAGUUAUCCAUCACCAGGGAGAUGAUAGCGAUGCUAUCUACAUCGUGCUCAACGGUCGACUGCGUUCCGUACUCGAAAAGGAAGAUGGUAGUAUGAGAGUCGUUGAUGAAUUUGGACAAGGAGAAAGUAUUGGCGAGCUCGAGGUCAUGACAGAGUCGCCUAGAGCCGCGACCCUGCACGCCAUCCGAGAUACCGAGCUUGCAAAGUUUCCUCGGUCGCUAUUCAACAGUCUUGCACAAGAACAUCCUGGAAUUACCAUCCAAAUUACCAAGCUGAUUGCCCAGCGAAUGCGGGCACUCAUCGAUGAUCCACUCUCCGAAACAGGCUCGCACAAUUCUAGUUUUACAGGGACCAGCAAUUUCAGCUCCUCGGUCAAUUUGCGAACCGUGGCUAUACUGCCUGUGACCGCUGGAGUUCCAGUAGUUGAGUUCGGAAAUCGUCUUCUGACUGCUUUCACUCAAAUUGGCAUUUCCAACGGAGUCACCUCGCUCAACCAAGCAGCUAUAUUGAAUGUCCUUGGAAGACAUGCGUUUAGUCGAAUGGGAAGGCUGAAACUCUCCCAAUAUCUUGCAGAUCUAGAAGAGAAGUUCGGUAUGGUACUAUACAUUGCGGACACCAAUGUCAAUGCACCUUGGACACAGACCUGUAUCACGCAAGCCGACUGCAUCCUUCUUGUUGGACUUGCAGAAGGCUCCCCAAACGUUGGUGAGUACGAGAGAUUCUUGCUUGGCAUGAAGACCACGGCCCGGAAAGAGCUUGUGUUGUUGCACGCUGAACGAUAUUCUCCUCCUGGGCGAACUCGGAAAUGGCUCAAGAAUCGAGUGUGGAUCAAUGGAGGCCAUCACCACAUACAGAUGGCGUUCCGAACCACUCCGGAGACAACACCUCACCCGCAGACAAGACGUCUUGGAUCUGCGAUCAAGCAGCGAGUCCAAGUCAUACAAGCAGAAAUUCAGAAAUAUACAUCUCGGCGUGUCCGCCAAACUCCUUCCUACUCGGCUGAAACUCCUUACAAAGGCGACUUCUACCGCCUUGCACGACGACUGUGUGGGAAAUCAGUUGGGCUCGUGCUUGGUGGUGGUGGAGCACGCGGCAUUUCGCAAGUGGGUAUCAUUCGUGCCCUUGAAGAAGCUGGUAUACCUAUUGACAUCGUUGGUGGGACCUCCAUCGGUGCGUUCAUCGGAGCUCUUUAUGCUCGAGAUGCAGACGUCCUUCCCAUGUAUGGCCGAGCAAAGAAAUUUGCCGGCCGGAUGGGGAGCAUGUGGCGUUUUGCGCUGGACCUCACAUAUCCUUCCGCCUCUUACACCACUGGACAUGAGUUCAACCGAGGCAUCUUCAAGACGUUUGGCAAUUCUCAGAUAGAAGACUUUUGGUUGGAGUUCUACUGUAACACCACCAACAUCAGCAAAUCAAGGUCAGAGAUCCACACUUCGGGUUACGUUUGGCGUUACGUUCGGGCUAGUAUGUCUCUUGCAGGCUUGAUUCCACCUCUCUGUGACGAAGGCAGCAUGCUUUUGGAUGGCGGCUACGUGGAUAAUCUGACAGUCGCCCACAUGAAAUCUCUGGGGGCGGAUGUCGUCUUUGCCAUCGACGUUGGCAGCGUUGACGACAAUACGCCUCAGCAAUUUGGCGACUCCCUUUCCGGCUUCUGGGCUCUCUUGAACCGCUGGAAUCCAUUCUCUCCGUAUCCUAAUCCACCCACUCUCUCUGAGAUCCAGGCCCGGCUGGCAUAUGUCAGCAGUCAUGAUGCACUUGAGAGAGCAAAGACCACGCCGGGCUGUCUGUACAUGAGACCUCCAAUCGAUGCAUAUGGUACUCUGGAGUUUGCCAAAUUCGAUGAGAUAUAUGAGCUGGGUUAUGCAUAUGGCAAGGAGUUUCUAGCUAAAGUAAGGGAGAAGGGUGAUCUCAAAGGUGUGGUUGGAGAUUGGGAUGAGUCGGAGGAGGAGAAGGGGUUGAGAAGGACAAUGGCGCCCAGGAGAGCAAGCAUUUGA